AUGGCGGCGGAGGCGAAGGCGCCACUGCUGGAGGAGGCGCGGAGGGGUGCCACGCCGGCGCAGACCAUCGGGAACAUCGUCGUCUCCAUCGUCGGCACCGGGGUGCUCGGCCUGCCCUACGCAUUCCGCACCGCUGGCUGGCUCGCCGGCGCACUCGGCGUCGCUGGCGCCGGGGCCGCGACAUUCUACUGCAUGCUCCUGCUGCUGGAAUGCAGAGACAAGCUGCGAGAGCAAGAGACGGAGGAGGACGGCGAGCAGCAUCGCUGCAGCAACUACACCUACGGCGACCUGGGCGAGAGGUGCUUCGGCCGGAUCGGCAGGCACUUCACGGAGGCCACCAUCAUCCUGUCGCAGACGGGCGGCACCGUGGCGUACCUGGUGUUCAUCGGCCAGAAUGUGUCGUCCGUGUUCGCCGCCGAGGACGGGCACGGCCCGCUGACGCCGUCCACCGUGGUCCUCGCGCUGCUGCUGCCCGUCCAGGCGGCGCUCUCCCUGCUCCGCUCGCUGUCGUCGCUCGGGCAGUUCAGCAUCCUCGCCGACGCGUGCACCGUGCUGGCCGUGGCCACCGUGGUGAAGCAGGACCUCCAGCUCCUGGCCGCGCGCGGCGAGCAGCCGUUCCAGGCCCGCGCCGCGGUGGAGGGGCUCUGGGGAGUCACGUUCGCCGCCGGCUUCGCCGUCUUCUGCUUCGAGGGCUUCUGCAUGACGCUGGCGCUCGAGGCGUCCAUGGCUGACCGGAGCAGGUUCUGCUCCGUGCUCCUCCAGGCCAUCGCCGGCGUCACCGCCGUGUACGUCUGCUUCGGCGCCUGCGGCUACCUCGCCUACGGCGACGCCACCAAGGACAUCAUCACGCUCAACCUCCCCAGCACCUGGUCCACCACCGCCGUCAAGGUGGUGCUGUGCAUCGCGCUGGCGCUGACGUUCCCGGUGAUGAUGCACCCGAUCCACGAGAUCGUGGAGGCGCGGCUGCUGGCGCCGGACGGGUGGCUGCGGAAGCGCUGCCACGUCGGCGGCGCCAUGGGGCGGGCGGCCCUGCACGCGAGCCGCGUCGCCGUGCUGGUGGCGCUGUCGGCGAUCGCGUGCUUCGUGCCGGCGUUCGGGUCGUUCGCGUCCUUCGUGGGGAGCACGGUGUGCGCGCUGCUCUCCUUCGUGCUGCCCGCGCUGUUCCACCUCCGCGUCGUGGGCCACGCCGCGGGCGCCGCGCAGCGCGCCGUCGACUGGGCCAUCCUCCUCUUCGGCCUCGCGUUCGCCGCGCACGGCCUGUACGACGUCGUCCUGUCGCGGCACUGA